CACCAUCGGCAUGAGCGCGGCUGAGGGCCGGCCCCGGUGCCGGUGGGGCGGUGGCGGCGAGGCGGUUCUCCGUGCCCGUGCUGAGGCCGCCGGUUACCGGAGGCUGCUGCGAGCCCGAGCCGCCGAGGUGGAGGCGCUGCGGGGGGCGGUGGGUGCGUUACACCGGCAGCUGGAGGGGUUGCGGGACCGGCGGAGCGGGGAGCUGGCUAAGUACCAGGAGCGGGUGGCGGAGCUGGAGCGGGAGAUCGGGGCGGCGGAGGCGGAGAUGGCCCGGUGCCUGCGGGAGUACCCGGCGCUGCUGCGGCUGCGGAUGGCACUGGAGGCGGAGAUCGCCGCGUACCGGGAGAUGCUGGAGAGCGAGGAGCUGCGCCUGGGCGGUCUGGCCCCGCCAUGACCGGACCGCUGGAGCCAGGGUCCUAUCACCGGACCCGCCGUGACCACCGGACCCCCGGCACUGUGACCGGACCCUCAGCCCACCACCAGAUCCCCUGUCCCGCUGUGAUCGGACCCCGGUCCCUCCACCGAACCCCAGACCCUCGACUCCUGUGCCCCAGGACCCCCGACCCCGGGCCGUGGUACCCUCGGACCCUCUGGACCACUCGGGACGCACAGAGUCCUGGUCCUUCUGUCCCCCACCGUGGCACGGACUCCCGGACUCCUGUGCCCCCCGCCUGCCCCCUGUCCCAGGACCCCCAGGAGGGCAGUGCCCAUGGGGCCACACACUCACCAGCCUCUCUGGGGUGGGGGUCCCGGUGGGGGUCCCAGCCCAGACCCGUGCAGAAGCACUUCAAUAAAGCUCCGUGGCAUCA